GGCUGUAUUUUUGGGAUCCUGCGACUGAAGCGAGCAUGCAGGAAUAAAGAUGUAGUGUGAGCUGGUGGAAGGAGGGGGAGCGAACAAGGAGAGUGCUGUGCUAAGGGUAGCAGAGGACGUCCCAGCUGGACGCACGGACCAGGAGGACAGAUCUUUGGGGGGAGACAAAGACGGUGGGUCCACUGGAUCACGAAGAUGACCUCUCGCUGCAGGAAUGCGUUGAACAUCGUGGUCACCACCCUUUUUGCAGCGGUGGUCAUCUUCACCAUCCUGCUGGCCUAUAUCACAGGCUACCAAUUCAUCCAAACUGAGCAGCACCACCUCUCCUUCGGCCUCUACGGUGCCUUCCUCUCCCUCCACCUUCUCCUUCAGAGCCUUUUUGCCUUUCUGGAGCAUCGGCAGAUGAAAAUCCCCACCCGUCCUCAACAUCUCCGUCGCUCUGUGGCCCUCUGCAUCGCUGCUUACCAGGAGGACCCGGACUACUUAAGGAAGUGUCUGCGCAGUAUCAGACGGAUUUCUUUCCCAGGACUAAAAGUAGUGCUGGUGGUGGAUGGGAACAGACUAGAAGACCGUUACAUGAUGGACAUUUUCCAGGAGGUGAUGGGUGGCGCUGACCAGGCGGGCAGCAUGGUGUGGAAGGGAAACUACCACAGUGAUGGGAGCGGUGGAGGGGGUGUCGGAGGUGGAAGGAGCACGGUCCACAUAGAGGAGGCGUUACGGGUGACGCGGCUGGUCAGAGGUUGCCGCUUUUCCUGUAUCAUGCAGGAGUGGGGAGGGAAGAGGGAGGUGAUGUACACAGCCUUUAAAGCACUGGGGGACACUGUGGAUUACGUGCAGGUGUGUGACUCAGACACAGUUCUAGAUCCAGCAUGUACCAUUGAGAUGCUGAAGAUCUUUGAGGAUGAUGCGGCAGUAGGAGGUGUUGGAGGAGAUGUACAGAUACUCAACAAGUAUGACUCAUGGAUCUCCUUCCUCAGUAGUGUGCGCUACUGGAUGGCCUUUAACAUUGAGCGUGCCUGCCAGUCCUACUUUGGAUGUGUUCAGUGUAUCAGCGGCCCUCUGGGGAUGUACAGGAACUCCCUUCUUCAACGCUUCCUAGAGGCCUGGUACCAUCAAACCUUCCUAGGUUCCAAGUGCAGCUUCGGCGAUGACCGUCACCUAACCAACCGAGUGCUAAGCUUCGGCUACAAGACAAAAUAUACAGCACGAUCGCAAUGUCAGACUGAAACGCCAACCCAGUACCUGCGUUGGCUCAACCAGCAGACUCGCUGGAGUAAGUCGUACUUCCGUGAGUGGCUCUAUAAUGCUUUGUGGUUCCACAAGCACAGCCUCUGGAUGACCUAUGAAUCUGUGGUCACUGGCUUCUUCCCAUUCUUCUUGGUAGCCACAGUCAUCCAUCUCUUCUACCGUGGAAGGCUGUGGAAUAUCUUGCUCUUCUUGUUGACCGUCCAGCUGGUUGGGAUGCUGAAGGCCACCUACGCCUGUUUCUUGCGUGGUAGCCUGGUCAUGAUCUUCAUGUCGCUCUAUUCUCUGCUCUACAUGUCAAGCUUACUUCCUGCCAAAAUAUUUGCCUUACUCACAAUUAACAAAGCAGGGUGGGGAACUUCAGGCCGCAGGAAGAUUGUGGUAAACCUGAUCGGUGCCGUCCCUGUCACAGUGUGGACGAUGGUGCUGCUUGGAGGCGUGGUGUAUACAAUUUACUGUGAAACACAGCAGACAUUCAGUGAAUCCGAAAAGGUGCUGUUGAUAGCAGGGACAAUACUGUAUGCCUGCUACUGGCUUAUUCUGCUGGUGCUUUACCUAGCAAUUGUAGCCAAACGCUGCAACAAGCGGGAGGAGCAGUAUCACCUGCCAUAUGCUGAGGCAUAAAGCUGCUUCAAGAAGGCUCGACAGGUCAAUCACAUGAAAGCCAACUGCUGUCUGAUCCUCACACCUCUGUGAACUGCUGUAGCAAAUGCACAGUCAUAUCUGUAUUGCCGGUGCUAAAAAGGUGGGGAUGCAAAAUCCAAGCAGCGGGGAGCAUAGCCAGUCAGGAGAUAACUUAAGAGAUGACUGGAUCCAUGAAGCACGAUGCGGCUAGCACUGAAAAGAGUGACCCAGUCUUCAUACACUAUAUUUGAACAUCAUGUAGUUUAUGGGUACAGGUUAGCUGUGCAACCACAACAAAGCAUUCCAGAAGUGAUGCUAGUGAUGCAUUUAGAGCAAAGACUUCAGGUCAGAUUUCAACUUUUUAAACUGCUGCAUAUGAAUGGGGCAUGAAAGAACAGAACCUAGAGCCUAAACAAGCAAUGAGAAAAUCAAGCUCAUUAACACAAGGACAGGAAAAAGGAUUGGAGCUGCAUUCUGUCAGAUGCUCCAAGACUUGAAAAAAUAUUAGAAAAAAGAAAACGUGCUGAAUAAUUAUAUAACUGAUAUAUAUCAUCAUUUAUAGGUACUGAGCUAGAGGAAAGGCUAAAGUAAAUUAACAAAAGAUCAUUUGAGUUGGUGGUUGGCUUGUCAAAUAAAAGCACAUUGACCUUGUGAAGUUUAGCCUAAAAUUAAUCAUACCCUGGCCAUAUCUUUCCAAACCCCAUUUCCAAUGAAGUUGGGUCGUUGGGUAAAAUGUAAAUAAAAGCAGAAUACAAUGGUUUACCAAUUAUUUUCAACCUAUAUUCAAUUGAAUACACUACAAAGACAAGAUAUUAAAUGUUCAAACUGAUGAACAUCUAUCCAUCCAUUUUCUGUACCGCUUAUCCUCACAAGGGUCGGGGGCGUGCUGGAGCCUAUCCUAGCUAUCUUCGGGCGAGAGGCGGGCUACACCCUAAAUUGGUCGCCAGCCAAUCGCAGGCCACAUAUAAAACAAACAACCAUUCACACUCACAGUCACACCUACAGGCAAUUUAGAGUCAUCAAUCAACCUACCACACAUGUUUUUGGGAUGUGGGAGGAAACCGGAGUAUCCGGAGAAAACCCAUGCAGGCACAGGGAGAACAUGCAAACUCCACACAGACGGGGCCGGGAUUUGAACUCCAGUCCUCAGAACUGUGAGGCAGAUGUGCUAACCAGUCGUCCACCAUGCCGCCCUGAUGAACAUUGUUGUUGUUGUUUUUUAAUAUUCACUAAUUUUAAAUUUAAUGCCUGCAACACGUUCCAAAAAAGCUGGGACAUGGGCAUGUUUACCACUCCAUUUCAUAACCUAUCAUUUGAACAACAAUCAAUAAGCAUUUGGGAAAUGAGGACACUUUGGGAACUGAGGACACUAAUUGUUUCAGCUUUGUCAGUGGAAUCCCUUCCCAUUCUUGCUAGAUGCACAACUUCAUUUGCUCAACAGUGCGGGGUCUCUGUUGUUGUAUUUUGCGCUUCAUAAUGCACCACACAUUUUUAACAAGACAGGUCUGGACUGCUGGCAGGCCUGUCUAGUUCUCGCACUCGUUUAUUAUGAAGCCACACUGUUGUAAGACGUGCAGAAUGUGGCUAGGCAAUGUCUUGCUGAAAUAAGCAAGGACAUCCCUGAAGAAGACAGGGACAAGCUGCUUGGAUGGCAGCAUAUGUUGCUCCAAAAGCUGUAUGUACCUUUCAGCAUUAAUGGUGCCUUCACAGAUGUGCAAGUUACCCAUACCAUGGGCUCUAACACAGCCCCAUAGCAUCAGAGAUGAUGAAUUUGCGCUGAUAAGAAUCCGGAUGGUCCUUUUUCUCUUUGGCUCAGAGGACACAACGUCCAUGAUUUUCAAAAACAAUUUGUAAUGUGGACUCCUCAGACCACAGCACACCUUUCCGCUUUUUGUCAGUCCAUCUCAGAUGAGCUCAGGCCCACAGAGGCUGGUGGUGUUUCUGGGUGUUGUUAAUAUAUAGCUUUCGAUGUGGAUGAUAGAGUUUCAACUGGAAUUUGUAGAUGCAGCAACGAACUGUGUUAACUGACAAUGGUUUUCUGAAGUCUUCCUGAGCCCACGUGGCAAUAUCUUUUACACAGUGAUGCCAGUUUUUAAUUCCCGAGGGAUCGAAUGUCACGGGCAUUCAAUUUUGGUUUUCGGCCUUGCCGCUUACGUGCAGAGAUUUCUCCAGAUUAUCUGAAUCUUUUAAUGACAUUAUUAAUGACAUUAUUCCAUGCAACUGUAGGUUGAGAAACGUUCUUAAACUGUUGAAUAUUUUGCGCUCACAGUUAUUCACAAAGUGUGAUCUUCACCAAAUCCUUGUUUGUGAACAACUGAGCGUUUUGGGGAUGCGCCUUUUAUACCCAAUCAUCCCACUCACCUGUUUCCAAUUAACCUGUUUACCUGUGGAACGUUCCAAACAAGUCUUUUUUUUAGCAUUCCUAAACUUUCCCAGUCUUUUGCUGCCCCUGUCCCAGCUUUUUAGGAAUGUGUUGCAAGCAUCAAAUUCUAAAUGAGAGAAUAUUUGCAAAAAACAAUGUUCAUGCAGGAGUGGGGACGUUCAUCAGUUUGAACAUUUAAUAUCUUGUCUUCGUAGUGUAUUCAAUUGAAUAUAGGUUGAAAAGGAUUUGCAAGUUACACAACGUCUCAAGUCAAAGUACGUAUAUUUUAUUGAUUGGAUAGGUAUUUUCCAGCUGGUAAUGACACAAAGGAAGUUACAAAAGUCGUGUUAGAGAUACAGAUAAAAAUAUUCACCAUUUUCAUUUUUAUUUUACAUUUUGAGCUUAUCAUACACCGCUGAGGAAACCUUCAUCUUAAAAGAUCCUGGUGCGUUUUAAUAUGAUCUAUUCGAGAACAUGCUUAUCAAAUGUCAAUUUAAAAUACUGAAUAUGCCUGUAUUGAGAGGUAUGAGUACGAAUAAUGUACAUUUUUGUGAAAGUGGUUAGGGUUAGUUCCAUUUUUUACCAUUCACAGUCAUGGAACAGAAAAUGGAUGGAGGCAUGACUUCCAAAAUUGGCCAGGGUGUCAACAAGUUGGAAUUUAACUUAAUAUAAAUAUGUUCCCCAACUGAUUCUAAACAAGAAAUUGCACAAAACACCCGGGGGCAUAGAUUUGGUUUUCAACUCUAUAAAUAAACAUAACUUUUAUGUUGCAUUCACAAUUGGUGUUCAUUAUCGUUCUAGUAAUGAAGCAACACCUUUUCUAGUGCUGAAAAAGUAAAAAGGUGGUUAGCUAAUUUUGAUCUUAAAUGAGACUUCAAUGGUCUAAGGAACCCAAACUGUGUUGGUUUUUCAGUAUAAUAUUUUUCAUUACAGUAAGGAAGACUUCUGGUGUUUUCUUAGGCAAUUAUUCGAAUUGGCAGUCACAUAUGGGUUUGUUGGUAAAAAAAAAAAAAAUACAGACAAUAAGCCAACACGUGCCCACAAAGAAAAUAAUUCAAAUUUUCUUGGUGCUGAUGAAUGUAAACUGCCGGCCUCAUUUAAACGUAAGAAUGCACAGUUGUGCAGAACAUGGAAUGUGACUUUUUUACUGUAAAUUGACAGCCUGUGUGAAGGGGAGGGGGCUCGGCCGUGGAAGGGACACAAAGACCCAAGCUGAUGGACCACAACACCAAACCCAACUGGAAAUAGUGGCUACGUUCUGACGGAGUCUGCUACAACUAAUAGACAGAGCUGGUGGAUUACAUUAGAAGCUCAGAGAAGGUGACAGAGUGGCUAUGUGUUGGCCUAUCCCUCAUCUCUGACAUCAGCCUUUCACAACUUUAAACGAGCAACAUGUUCUAGCAAGAGUGGAUAUCCAAAGGCAAUGUCAUCCUCUCAGAACUUGUGACAUGCAGCUGUAAUUUUGGUGCUUUUGCACCAUUUCAAAUUUAACUUAUUUCUAUAUAUCUAUUUCUAGUUCUCAUUUUGGUCAUUGGUCUGAUGAGAUUUUUAGUUUAGUGAUUCUGGUUUAUAUGAUCCCUUUUAUACAUUGCUGAGGUGCCAAAGCAUCUACUGAGCAAAUAACGUUUUAACCAAAGGGCAUGGUUACUUAGACCUUUUACAGUCAAUGUAGAAAAAGUUAAUCCACUCCAUCAUUCCUGUAACUGUAACUGAGGAACAAAGAUAUUUCCUUGUGAGAGACUUGGGAACCUUGUUUUUGCUGUUUCACACUCUUUUUCCUUGUCAUGCAAGCAAAACAACCAUGAAAAUUCAGUGUUUGCUGUCAAAUCUGUCCUGUUUGAUGAUGAGCUCAAAAAAAUCAGUGGAAUGUUUCUGGGUCAAUAAAAUAUGUUCUGCCUUUUGACACACAAUGCAGCCAUUCAUUCAGAUUUGUAUGUUUCCAUGAUUGUAUUUCAUUUAGUAUGCUGUGCAGCAAAGUACAUGACCAUGUGAUGAUGUAUUGACAAGAAGAUGAAGGAAAGGUUGAUAAAGUA